GAUAAAUUUGUUGAGAAAUGCGGCACUCAACCUUCUUUCUUUGUAGAGCAGAUUGUUAUUAAAAAAACAGCUGAUCCAAAGAAACAUAAAGACAGUGGUGCAAGUGUUUUGGAAAAAGAUUUAUUAUUAUGGACUUUAAGUUUGCAAGAAAAAAUCGCAAAUGCAAUUGUAAUAUAUCCUAACCAGCUUUCAGAUACACCCCUUUCGACCAGCAAAAAAUAUUCACUUUCGGAUUUGUGUUUUAAGCCUUAUGAUAGUAAUACAUGUUUGAUUCAUUCGCCACUUGAGUAUUGGUCGAAUAGUGCCGACCGUCUUUCUUCCGAUCCUUCUAUUCUCAAAACACUAUCAAGGACAGACAAAACAUCUCGUGGAAUGGUCAUUCCUUUAAAUUCAGUCUUUGGAAAUGUCAUAUAUGAGAAAAGAAACAUUAGUGCAGAUUCGAUCAUUUUAACCUAUUUUUUGAAAGAUAUGAUGGAUGAUUGCAAUGAAGGUCAAACAAUAGCAAUUUGGGAAGCAAUUUGGCGACAAGUUAUGGACGAUAUUGGCUCUGAUUUCUAUAUUGGUGGCGAUCGCAUUACAAGUGUUCUCAUUUUCAUGGUAGCUGUAACCAAUGUUUAUCAAUCCAAUAUUGAUUUGCCACCUCUUAAGUCUGCAUUAACCUUUGUUGGUGAUGCUCUAGUUUUUCCUGAUACACGUACAAACGUCACAUAUUGGGAAACAUCAAAGGCUAUCACUGCUGAUAAAUUUUGGGGCAUUGUUAAUCCGGACCAAAAAAAUCAAUUUGCUGAAAUUAGACCUUCUAGACAUUUAACAUUGUCUUAUGAAGCUACACAGGAAAUUAAUGAGAACGGGAACUGUUUACUUCAUGAUAAUGGCAUUAACUGGAAAUUCAUUACAAAUAAAUCUAUAAAAGCUUUCAUUUGGGUUCUCAAAUUCACUGUAUUUCCUGCUACCGGUAUUGCGUUUACAAUAUCUUUCUUGGUAGGCUUUUUAUUACCAGAGGAUAUGGUAAUUCGGGCUGCAAGAUUGUCAAAAAAAAAAAGAAAUAAGGUUGAUAGAAUCAUUUUACCUGCAUCUUCAUCUUUCGGAAGAUCUACAUUGUGUGUUACCACGCCACGAGUUGUAACUUUGCGUGGUCAUCAUUUAGCUGAUGUUGAUUUAAUUUGUUCGAACUUGAAAGGCAUUAUAGUUACAACUGCUGCUGACAGACAUAUUACUUCAUGGAAUGGAAAGAAAGGUAUGCCAUUAAAAAAACUUGAAAGAUUUAUGCGACGCUGUGAGUCGUGCAAAUGUAGUAGCACUGGAGGGAUAAAAAAUUGUAUUUCAUGGCCGGUUCGGGCAAUGUGCAUGAAUGACAAUAUUGAGGUUGUGGCGGCUGGGUUUGAAGAUGGCGUAGUGCGAGUAUGGGAUAUAAACUCAGGACAAGCUACCUAUAUUUUGAAAGAUACCGUUGAAGAUGUCGAACAAGCGACGUC